CGUGACGAUAGGUAUCGUUCUUCAAGACACGACGAUCGUGACGCCCAUCGUGGGGACCGCGAUCACCGCAGCGACCGUGACCGGUACGGGGGAGACAGAGAACGUGGUGGCGGACACCGGAGAGGCGGGGGAGAUGACAGACGUGAGCGUGAUAGAUACAGUCGCAAUUCGCGGGAUUAUGAUGACCAGCCGAGACAUUUUUCCCGCUAUGAAGAUGAUAGGCGUCGUGACUUUCGAGGUCCUCGCGAAGACGAACAAGGCCCCGCCCGCGGUCGCGACGAUGGAGGUCCACCUAGAGGAGGUGGUGGUGGUGGUGGCGGCGACCGUCGUGGGCGAGGUAAGGGGAAGGACGGACUUGGAACGCCCGAGAGAAGGUCGCCAACUCCCGAAGGCGCCGUCCCCCUGUCCCAACGGAAACGCAAGGCUUCGGGUUGGGACGUCCACGCUCCAGGUUACGAGCAAUAUUCUGCUCUGCAGGCUAAACAAACAGGUGUGCAUUUCUGCUUUAUUUUAGAAGUACCUGCUCACAUUCUCCAAAGG